AUGGAGAAUCACAUUUACUUAUUGUUUCUUCUCUUUCUAUUUCAAUACUACUUUCUUUCUAUAUCAGCUGCUUCCUCAAAUGAAACAGAUCAACAAGCUCUACUAGCUUUCAAAAAUCUUGUUACUAGUUCUAGUCAUGUUUUGGCGGAUAAUUGGACUAAGAAUACUUCAUUUUGCUCUUGGUUCAGUGUCACUUGCAGUCCAAAAAGGCAAAGGGUUGUAGCCUUGGAGCUUCCCAAUAUGCAACUUCAAGGCACAAUUUCCUCCUCUUUGGCCAAUUUGUCCUUUCUCAGUGUGCUCAAUCCCGAGAACAACAGCUUCCAUGAUGGCAUUCCUUUCGGACUUGGUCACUUUCCUCUCUUGCGAGUGAUUGAUGUUAGAAACAAUCAGCUCCAAGGAAGUAUCCCAACAAGUCUAUUUCAACAUCAAAGAGUUCCAAAAAUUUCAUUGGGUUUCAAUAAACUCGGUGGUGAAAUAUGGACAGGGCCAUGGUAUGUACCAGAGCUAAGAGCUUUAAAUCUGGGGAACAAUAGCCUCACGGGUAUAAUCCCUUCUUCAGUUGGAAAUGCCACAAAGUUGAUCAACUUCAGUUUGGCUGGGAAUAGAAUCAGAGGCAACCUUCCAAAAGAGAUCGGUAACCUGAGCCAGCUUGCAUUUUUGUCCUUAUAUGAUAAUCAAUUAACAGGUUCCAUUUCUACAUCGCUAUUUAAUAUCUCGUCGCUGGUUACUGUGUCUCUGGCAUUAAAUAGACUUUCCGGUUCUCUCUUGCUUAAUGAAGGGAAUAUUGUGUCAAAUCUAGAGUUUUUAAGUGUAUCUAACAACCAAAUUUCUGGUUGCAUUCCUUCUAACAUAUGUCAACUCAGAGAGCUCCAAGUUUUGUCCCUAUCUUUGAACAACAUAACUGGAGAGAUACCCAGAAAUAUUGGUUGUUUAUCCAAUCUCGAGGAGUUUUAUAUUGGUGAUACUCCAAUUAAAGAGACCAUUCCCACUUCGAUUGGCAAUAUUUUCACUCUGCAAUAUGUUGACUGUACAAGAAAUAGCUUGGAGGGGCCAAUUCCACCAGAAUUGGGGAAGCUAUCAAAUUUGAGGAUAACUGUCAAUUUCAACAACCUUUCGGGGACAGUUCCGGCCGCUACAGAUCUUCAUCUUCCAAACCUUAAACUGCUUCUCUUGGGCGAAAAUCAGCUGGAAGGGGAAACUCUAUUGUUCAUAACAAAUGCUUCCAAGAUUGAAGCGGUGGGAUUAGAAAAUAACUUUCUCAAAGGAACUAUUCCAACUAAUUUGGGAAAUCUCCGUGAGCUGCGUGGACUGUUCCUAACUAGUAAUCAACUUAUGAAUGAACCAAGAGAGCAUGAGUUGCAAUUUUUCAAUUCUUUGGCAGACUGUAGAAUGUUGCGAUAUCUAGAAGUAGGUUAUAAUCCGUUGAAUGGCAUUCUUCCCAAUUCGAUUGGGAACCUUUCAUCUACUACUGAAGCAGUAAAUUUAGCAGAUGCACACAUCAGUGGCUUCAUACCCGCUAGUACAGGCAACAUAAGUGGUCUUAUUACCCUAGUCUUUAAAAAUAACAACUUGAUGGGAAAUAUUCCUUCUGAGAUUGGUAAGCUAAAGCAACUCCAAGGUCUAUCUCUAAGUAACAAUAAAUUACAGAGGCAUAUUUCAGAGGCGGUAUGCCAUUUAUCUAACUUGGUUAAGUUAUUUCUGCAAGUUAAUGAGCUGUCUGGAGAGAUCCCAGAAUGCAUAGGCAAUCUAAGCAUGCUACUAGACCUUUCGUUGGGUUCUAACAAAUUUUCAUCAAAGAUUCCUUUGAGCCUUUGGAAAAUGAGUGGUCUUCUCUAUUUUGAUGUGUCACGAAAUUCUAUAGAGGGAGAAGUUACACCAGAUAUUGGAGAACUGAAGGCCAUUCUAGAACUAAACCUUUCCAGUAACAACCUUUCAGGCGUAAUACCAAGUAGACUGGGGGAACUCCUGCACCUUCAGUAUCUUGAUCUAUCAAACAAUUCAUUUUCCGGCCAAAUUCCAUUUUCCUUUUCCAAUUUGAUAAGCAUAGAAUACUGGGAUCUGUCUUUAUAUGACUUGUCAGGUACUAUUCCUAAGUCCUUGGAAAAACUGUCAUACCUUAAAAGCAUUAAUGUUUCAUAUAAUGUUUUAGAUGGUGAGAUACCAAGUGGUGGCGUGUUUGCAAAUUCCACUUUGCAAUCAUUUGUUGGGAAUAAAGGUCUAUGUGGAAUGCACAUAUUGGAGGUUCUUCCUUGCCCUAUAACUAAAUCUGGACAACAAUCAAAGUCUAAGAAGCUUGUGCUAAAAAUUGUUAUUCCAGUGGUUACUUCUUCCUUUAUAAUAUUCUUGUUGGUCUCGAUUUGGAUAAUGAAAAGGAAGAAGAUAGCAAAGUCCAAAGAUGUUGAAAAGGUUCCGGAGAUUAACACUUAUCCAUUGAUUUCUUAUCAUGAGAUUCAAUGA